AUGCGAUGGUUAAAUCAACUGAUUGACUCCCCGGUGCUACAACCGGCACUUCUCAACCUCGCUGCAAAGAUCCAGGACACAGAGGAAACCUCGAAUGGUUGUGUGCAGGUAACUGGGAAGGACGAACGGUUUCGUCCACAGAUUGAUCGGCGUUUACGAGAGCAGGCCCGCCCGCAAUUUCCGGAGCUCCCAGAACGAUUCGCCCCUUACCAUAUUAGCUUAGCAUGUGCUGGCCGGCACGUUCCCACCACAAAUCUACCGGCGUACCCGGCAGAGCUGCGUAAGGUGAAAGAGAAGCGUUCGGCUCGAGCAAGCCUAGGGAAUGAGAAGGAUGCAUGCUGGGUCACAUCACACCUCUGUCAUAACCGCCGCUGCAUCAAUCCGGAUCACCUUGAAUGGGAACCAUCGUGGAUGAACCGACUCCGGGACAACUGUCCGGGAGGGGACGCAUGUGUCUACCGUCCUCGCCUGUGCCUGGCUCCUCAUCGCCAUCCAGAAGAGCUGGUUGACUGGACGAAAUACUGGCACGUUGAGCCUUGA